AUGGACUUUGUAAAUAUCUCCUUGGUGACUGAAUUCUUUCUCGUAGGAUUAACAGACCAGCCUGAACUCCAAAUGCCCUUGUUCUUUCUGUUUCUAGCAGUGUAUCUGAUCACUGCAUUGGGAAAUUUGUGUUUGAUCAUUCUAACUGUGCUAAAUUCUAACCUCCACACUCCUAUGUACUUUUUUCUCUUUAACUUGUCUUUUAUAGACAUCUGCUAUUGCUCUGUGUUCACUCCCCAAAUGCUGAUGAACUUUAUAUUAAGGGAGAACAUCAUUUCUUACAUGGAAUGUAUGGCCCAAGUCUUUUUCUUUUGCUUCUUUGUUGUUUCUGAGUGUUAUGUGUUGACUUCAAUGGCCUAUGAUCGCUACAUGGCCAUAUAUAAUCCACUGUUGUAUAAUGUUGUCAUGUCUCCUAAUUUAUGCUUAAACCUUAUGUUUGGUUCCUAUUUUAUUGGAUUUUCUAAUGCUGUAGCUCACACUGUAUGCAUGCUGAGACUGACCUUCUGUGAUACUAACAUCAUCAACCACUACUUCUGUGACAUUCCUCCUUUGCUCCAGCUCUCCUGUACUAGCACGUAUGUCAACAAGCUUGUAAUUUUUGUUUUUGCAAGCAUCAAUAUCAUCGUUCCUACUUCAACUAUCUUAGUCUCAUAUGGCUUCAUCCUUUCCAGCAUCUUCCACAUCAGUUCUUCUGAGGGCAGGUCCAAAGCCUUCAGCACCUGCAGCUCCCACAUCAUUGCUGUUUCUCUGUUCUUUGGUUCAGGUGCUCUUGUGUAUUUCAAACCCUCUUCAGCUGUGUAUAUGAAUGAAGGAAAAAUCUCUUCUGUCUUUUAUACCAAUGUGGUUCCCAUGUUGAAUCCCUUAAUCUACAGCUUGAGGAAUAAAGAUAUUAAAGUUGCUCUGAUGAAAAGCCUGAACAGUAGGAACCUUUGA